UGUGGUCUAAUAUGUUAGCCGAAGAAAGUACAGUACUUAUUUUGGAAGAAAAACUGAGUAUUCCAAAGAAAAAAGAAAAGAAAAAGUUGAUCUGGGUUCUAGAGAAAUGUUGUCUGCUGGUGUCACAGCUUCACCACUGCACUCAACUCCACUCCUAAACCAUAAACUGUCACCUUCAUUCAUCAACCUCUUUCAAAAAAUCAAUGAAAAACCCAAUUUUACUGGUAAAUUUAUACAACCCACUAACAAUAUUCUCUCAAAAUCAAUAAAAUUUCAUGUGAAAUCCUCUUCUAGCACCCAAGGGUUUGGUUCAUCAGACCAAAUUCUCCCUCCUGAAGAACAACAACAGGAUCAAACAAAUGUGGGAUUUUGGCAGAAAUGGAAGGCAAAUUCAGCAGAAAUGAGUGCAAAACUAGCAAAGCUUGGACUAGCAGCUGUGCUUGCUUAUGGGUUGUUUGAUGGAGUCACUUACACCACUUUCUUUGUCAUGUCUUUCCUUGGUUAUGAGAAGAGUACUGGCAAUAACCCUGCUGCUAAUCUCAACGCUUUAAUUGGGAUCUUCACUCGAGAUGGGACGAGAAGGAACAUCGCGUUCGGGUUCUCAAUCCACCGUGCCCAAAUAGAGAAUAUAUUUGUGGCCAUAACUGAGCUUGGAUUGUUCUCUUGAUGUGGGCUGGAAACAACGUCACAAGACCCUUUCGAGUGGCAGGGGCGGCAGCACUAGCUCCAGUUAUUGACAAAGGUUUAAGGAAGAUCCAAAAAGCUUUGAAUCUACCCAGUCUUGUUUAUGCUUUUUCCCUUGUGGUGGGUAUUGUUGCUACAUCUUGUUUUACAGUUAUAGGCUUGCUUAUUCUAUCAAGAUGGGGAAAAUAAAUUUUGAAGUUGGAGCAUGCAGCUGAGGUGAAGCUGCCUUUGGCUAGUAUGGACUGUAAUUUUUGAGUGGAGUGGAGUGGAGCAUGACAGAAUCAUCUCAAUUUUUGCAAAUUUCACUUGUAUAGCUCGAUGAAGGUCCUUAACUAGUAUGGACUAUGUACUGAUGUAAACCCUCAAUUAUUUUCAUCAUUUGUGAUUUAUGCAUAAGGAAAAACAUAGUCACUGAGAUGUUAAAUUCGUUUCAACAUAUAUUUUUAAAAUAUCUACUUUAUUUACUUA